UGGUCCGUGGAUGGUGUCAUUAGCAGUACCGUUACUAUUAUUAUUAUUAUUUUACAUUCUCGAUUGCUUUACUUUAUUUUGAAUGGAAAAAAUGUAAUAACCGAGUUCAUGUAUCAAAUUUAUAAAAUUGAUAAACAGAUGACACCAAGUGAAAAUAUUUAAAUUUAUUUUAUUUUUGUAACAUAAACAAAAUAAAAAACUAAUUUAUUUUAUACUUUCUGAAACUUUACUCAAUAAAAUAAUUCAAUAAUAAAUUUAAUUUGAAUUCCAUAAAAAUAAAGGACAUAAAAACAAAACAGACAUACAUUUUUAUUAGUCUAUUUACUAUUAAUUUAAUAUAAAAAAAAAUAAAAUGUUGCUCAGGAAAAUUGGCAAUUUUUUAAAUGUAAAUAAUCAUGCUCGAAAUAUUAUUUCAAGAAAUUUAGGUUUAGUGCCAAUUGUUGUUGAACAAACUGGUCGAGGAGAACGAGCUUAUGACAUUUAUUCAAGAUUACUAAAAGAUCGAAUUAUUUGUCUCAUGGGAGCUGUAACAGAUGAUGUUUCGUCGUUGGUGAUAGCGCAGUUACUAUUUCUGCAAUCAGAAAGUAAUAAAAAGCCAAUUCACUUGUACAUUAAUUCACCGGGCGGAAGUGUAACAGCAGGUCUAGGAAUUUAUGAUACAAUGCAAUAUGUCCUUCCACCAAUAGCAACCUGGUGUGUAGGUCAAGCCUGUUCAAUGGCAAGUUUACUGCUGGCAGCUGGUGCCCCUGGUAUGAGACAUUCACUUCCCAAUGCAAGGAUUAUGAUCCACCAGCCUUCUGGAGGAGUUCAAGGCCAAGCUACUGAUAUUCAAAUUCAAGCGGAGGAAAUUUUGAAAUUGAAAAAUCAAAUUAAUCAUCUUUAUGUGAAACAUACUGGUCUUGAUAUUACUAGAAUAGAAAAUAGUAUGGAAAGAGACAAAUUUAUGAGUCCACCAGAAGCUAAAGAAUUUGGAAUAAUAGACACAAUUUUAGAGCAUCCAACACAAGAAAGAGAUGAUAAUAGAAGUUCGCCUUCAAAAACUGACAGUGCAGUUGAUACAUAAAUGAAUGUUGUGAUAAAAUAUAAAAAUAAUAAUAAAUUCAUUGUUUUAUCAAUUGUUAAUAUUUAAUACAAUAACAUAAAAAUAAA